UUAGGAUGUCAUUAAUAUCAGUUAACGCUGUUUAUUGUGUCGAGGCCGUCAGCAGUAAAACUGGUCACGCGAGCGAUUUCACAAUGCAUCCGUGAUGUCAUUAAUAGAGUUUUCAUGACAGUUCUUAAAUGCAAGUCGGUCUGACAUACAGCUGAAGGACAAUGAAUGACUCGGGACCGUACACUGCGGUGUCAACAUUUUGAUGACACCCGAUGCGGAUUUCAUCUGUUCAUCUUGCAUAGCUCGAGUAGCUGACCGUUGAUCCUCCAUGUUGAUUGAUCACCGAUUGAUUAGUUGCAGUCAUAGUGUAGUUUCGUUUUCUCAUCAUGCUUCAUUUAGGAGAUGAGCUCACGCUGUUCUCUGUCGUCUUCAUCGUGGUUCUGCUGGGAACCAGAAGCGCCGUCUGGCCCGCGGUGCUCACGGGCUCUCUCUACCUCUUUAUGGUGAUGUUCCGGUUCCCCCAGGUCCCCUCCAGCCGGGCCAGACAGGUGCUCCGGCCCGGGUCUAGAGUGUUGUCGGGCGGCGUGUCAGCGGUAGCGCACCGCGGUGGAGGACACGACGCUCCGGAGAACACCAUAGCUGCUAUACGAGCGGCGAGUGAGAAUGGAGCCACGGGUGUGGAGCUGGACCUGGAGUUCACGGCUGAUGGGGUUCCCAUACUGAUGCACGAUGACACUGUGGACCGAACUACCAACGGAUCAGGACCACUGAGCAAGCUGCUCUUCUCUGAACUGCGCACACUGGACCCAGCAGCCAAACACAGAUUCAGUGAGCGUUUCCGUGGUGAGAGGGUUCCAACGCUGCAGGAGGCAGUAGAGGAAUGCAUCAAGCGCCAGUUGAUCAUCUACUUUGACGUCAAAGGUCAUCCAGAUGAGGCAGCUAAAACACUGAAAGAAUUAUUCCGGAAGUAUCCAGUGCUCUACAACACAAGCAUCGUCUGCUCAUUUGAGCCCAAAGUCAUCUAUAGGAUGCGACAGGCGGAUCAGAAUGUGGUGACCGCACUGACCCAUCGGCCGUGGAGUCUGAGUCGGUUGGGCGACGGGACGCACCGGUUCUCAUCCGCAUGGAAGCACCACUGGAUGCAGGUGCUGGACGUGCUCCUGGACUGGGCUCAUCAUCACCUGCUGUGGAACCUGUGUGGGGUCUCCGCCUUCCUGGUGCAGAAGAACUUCAUCUCGCCGGACUAUGUGCAGUACUGGGCAGUCCGAGGUGUAGAGGUGGUGGGCUGGACGGUGAACACGGCUGUAGAGAAGCAGUACUACCAGCAACUACUGAAGAUCAACUACAUCACUGACAGUCUCAUAGAGGACUGUGAACCUCACUACUGAAAGCCACAUUGUACAAUCACUGGUUCACUAAUUCAAGCAACUAAACUAUUCUGCUUCCCUUCAAAUAUUAAAAUAUGCGUUUUUAAUGAAUUGUUUUGAUUAAGGAAGCAUGCUGUAGAGACUUGAAAUUUACAGGGUUACAAAAUGCUUUCAUUGUUAUAAUAUUGGAGAUAUCAACGUUCGAAUGUACUGUACACACCCACUCAGGUGAGCCAAUUUGACUGUAUAGAUAUAUCAUUGUAUUAUUUCCAUUUUAAUGGCAUUAUUGAAGAAGGUAAUUUACUAUACCUACUUUUCUUUUAUUGCUACUUAAAUUGUGUAGAAAUGGAGCAUUCAAAAAAAAAUGCUUAAGCUACAGAAUGUAUGUCUUUUCUCACCUUCAUGUAAUUAGCUGUGUAUACCUUGCUAUUUGGGUUUAAUUCAUGCUUACAAGUCUGGUACUGAUAGCUAAUUGACAGGUUACACAUAAAACCAGAUUUCUGUAGUUAUAUACUGUAACAGGGGGUCAAUACAUUUAUAAUCUGAGCAACAGGUCUUGAUCUGAGGCAAGAUCUGAGGCAGCUACCAAACGUUGGACACAUAAUACUAAUUCAGGUUUAUUUGAAAGUGGCAUGUUCCUGUUUUAUCUGGUGGUUAUGCUUGAAUAAAAUACAAUUCUUAAUUAACA